AUGAUAGUUACGAAUAGAAAAUAUGGCAAAAAGGCGGUUGAGGUAGCCAAAGAACUAGGCGUUAUUUUAGCUGAUAAAUUCAAUAUUAGGAAAGGAAAUAGAGAAAAGAGAAUUGGAUAUUUUGAAGGAAAUCGAGAGUAUUUUUCUACAUUUAUGAAUAAUAUAGUAGCGCAAGCAGAUUUUCCUUUUCGCAUAUUUAUGUUCUUGGUCUCUGGUUCAGAUUUUUAA